AUGCUCUACUCUAGGGUACGACCACUGGCUUUGAGAGUACUAUACCUGGCGACUCUCCAAUCAAACACCAUCAAGUCAUGCCAUGCUCAAGGGACAAGCAUAUCUCAAUUCACCCACUCAAUUCCCUCAUUCAAGUUCUACUCCAACUUCACAUCGCCCCUACCCCCAGCCUACACGACUAUCAAAGUCACACAACGAAGCGACGUCGAGAGACUGUACCCUCUCCUCUUGUCGUAUAUCACUGAGCCAAGCAAGGCAAAUUCACUACGUGAGGUCAUCGUUGACACAAAUACUUGGCCAAACUUCUACUCCUGCUUCUACGACGAGGGCGACGAUCCGGGCCCGCGCCAAGACAGUGGCGAAGAACUAAACAAAAAGCGGCCCAAUCGUCAAAUAGACCAGGAUGCCCAUUCAGCUCUUGAAAGGCACGUUACAUCUCUUGGUCUUGGUGAUCAAUUAACGGAAAAGAUCGUUCAAGCUUUGACAUGGAAGAAGAAACAUUGGUCGGGCCAAGUUCCAGACAAGGCAAAGGACUUUGACGAUAACGAGAGAGAGUUUGCUACUGUUGCGCUCAUAAUUGUCUUUUCUCUUUGUGAGAAAAUAUCUGUGUUGCGUAUAGCUGAUUUCCCUGCACUCAUUCAAGAGUAUUUGCUCAAAAACAACUAUGGACAACUCAAACGGACUGCCUUGCAGCAGCUCAAGACUGUUGAGUUCAUCAAGGAAUCUCCCUUGGAUACCAGAGUGUACGAGAUCGUGGAGUAUCUCGAAUACAUCAGGCACUUUGGCAAACUGCCAGCCAUAGAAAACCUGACUAUGGAAGGCGUCAUGGAAAGCGAAGUCAAUGCUCUAGUCUCGCCCGGCACUUCCAAUAUCAAAAACAUUCACCUCAGUCACUGCGAGAUUUCCGGCUCAACAUUAAGCAAGAUGAUCCGUUCAUCCAAAGGGCUUGAGGGAUUCCGAGUUUCCCACGGUGGCUUGUGGCACAUGGACAUAGGUGCUUGGAACAUCCGGCCUCAGACGGUGGGAAAGAGUCUGCUGCAACAUCGAGACAGCUUGAAAGUGCUGGAUCUUGAUAUCGCAGACUUCGAUUUCACAGAAGUCCAAUCUUGGGAAAACAGUAGGUUUGAGGACCUUGUGGAGAAUGGUGAUGAAUAUUUCGAGCUCGACCGAAAAUCAAGCACGCUUCCAUUCUGGCAAGAGGACAUACCGGAUGAUCGACCCUAUAGCCUGACGAUCGGUCCUCUACACGAUUUCAACGCCAUGACGCACCUCAGUAUUGGUCUGAACGCUCUAUUUGGCCCAGCAUACAGACGAACAGAACCUCCGUUCCGACUUGUAGAUGGUUUGCCUCCCAAUCUGGAGUAUUUAUGCCUCUAUGGUUAUGUCAGGGGGGAGUGCGAGGAGAUUGACAGCCAUGUCAAUGAACUUUUAGAACACAAGGGAAAGCGCCUUCCCCGUCUGACAAAUAUUCAGGGCGUCGAUGAGACAGUACAAGGAGUUUCUGAUCUGUAUGCCGACGACAAUUCCCAAAUGGAAGACAGCCUGUGGCAGUGGCCAGAGAAGAAGUUGGAGUGGGUUGAAGCAUAG